AUGGUGGCGAAGCAAGUCUUCGGUUACUUCGCUUUUCAGGUGUUAUUUUUGCCGCUCACUACAGGUAGGUGUCUAAGCUAUUGAAUGAUUCUUGACUACUGAUUUCUUACAGUUUCUGCAAGAGAAGAAACAUUUUGUAAAACAACUUGAUUAUUUAUUCACGUUGCAUUUAGAAAAUGUUAAGGGAGGUUCCACCUUUUUGAACUGUCAGAAAUGACCGCGAACCCACAAAUUUAAGAAAGUCGAUGAUAGUGAAAAAUGUCUUAACUUUAUGUGUGUAUCCGUUCUUAAAUACCAAUGAUUCCUCGGUAAAGGUUUGUGUUAAGGUCCAUUUCAUUUCAUUUAUGAACUGGGACAUGAAGCAAUCCCUUGGAGUCAAUAUGGAGUGGUUACAAUUAGGUUUAUUUGUCUGUGCAAUGACUGUAUACAAGGUCGAUGAAAGGGAACGCAUACAGAUGACAGGGUAUUACUUCAAUGCAAUUAAAUAAUAUUUAACUUUAAAAUACUUUUAACUUUUUUUUGCAUGUAUUUUAUUCAAGCGUAUGUCUUUCAAACUGGGAAGGUGAAUAUUUCCGACACAUCCCAAAACAACCAUGGCUGCCAGACCGUUUCUUUCAAUACUCAGUUCCAGGGUUCUGGAGAUGUAAAGGUGUUUGCAACGCUUAGCCACGGAAGCGAACAUGUCAAAAUCCACGACCCAGCGUCUGUUUGGGUGAAGUCACUCUCCACAUCUGGUUUCGAUGCCUGCGUUCGUGAAGCAGGCACUGGUUCUAGAGGCGCGUCUGUGAUCAACUGGCUUGCUUUUCAAGGUUCGCACCAAGGUCUUGAUUCAGGAAUCGUUGAAUUUGAUGAAUUCACCUCAAGAACCCAGUGCAAGAAGAUAUCGCUUAGUAUUCAGAAUAAGGUGAGAUGGUAAAGUAGGUGAAUUCAAUCAGUCAUUUUAACAUACUUACAGGUGACAAACAAUACAUCCUUACUUGGACAAAAUCGAUCAGGCAUGGAAGAAGGGGCCUUAAGCCUAAAGCUACAUGUAGAAUCGAGAAUUCGGAAGUCCCAUGCUUUACUGUCAUAAUUAGUCACUUAGAAGGAACUUUGAAAAUGUCACAUCAGGGUUAUGUAGAAUCCGAGACCUUACAUUUUCAUUCUUCUUUUUUUUUCUGUGUCAUAGAUAAUUGUUCUUUUGUUAUACUCUGUCUUAGGCGAGACCCCAAGUGUUUGUGACUGUUCUACAUAAACAUUCCGACCGACCAUUUGACUCCAUGAACAUUUGGCUAGAAGACGUCAAAAAGGAUGGUUUUGUGGUUUGCUUGAGGGAGUUUAUGAGCUUUGACGGCAUCCAUUCAGGUCUCAAAGUGGUAAGUUGAAAUUAGAGAAGUCUGAGGUGACUAGUCUUUAUUGCUCUAUUCACGAAAUUACCACGCAGAGUUUGUGUGGCAAAGAAGUCCACCUUGGGGUAACUAAAGGGUGCGUUCCAGUCAGGUGGCAUCGCACACUACACUUCUAGGUACAAUAAAUUCAAUAUCGUGCUUCUUCUCCAACUUGUAUUACUAAAAUUAAUAUAUCAAAAACAACAGUGAAAACAAGAAAAUCGAUUCAGUUAACGUCUUAAGUGCUAGUUUAUUUAGGUUACAUAUACCUGUUCCCAAUGCUUUUUGCAGCACUUCUGUCUCUCGGAGCUCCCCAUCUCAGGACGACGAAUGAUGAUAAUAAUCGUCCGCAAAUCUGCAAAUAAAUUUGUGCAUAUUCUCUUUUUUUUAAAGAACUGGCUUGCGUAUGAUGUGCUCCCGGGGUCUUGGAAUAUUACUGAAAGAGGAAAGCUUCAUUUUUCUGGACUUGGUGCACCAAAGAAAGAAAACAACUAUGCUUUUUGUCAGGUAGGAAAGACUAACAGUCUUCUAUAUGUCUUUGAUGAGUCUCUGUUUAGUUUAGUUCAGCUCAAGGGAAAACGUGUAUCGCCCAUUUCCAAGAGACACUAUAGCGGUCUGUUUCUAUAAUGAAUGUACGGUUAUCAGUGACAAAAUAGGGUUUACCGUAUCGUUGAUCUUGAUUUCCGUUGCACACUAUAUUUGAAUUGUACAAUAGUGCAUCCACUAGCAGUCUUUAUAAACCUUGAUGUUGCACUAUAAUCUCUGUUAUUUAUUUCUUUUGGAAAACUUGCAAGACUUUAAGAGGAAAAACACUUUUACCCAUUAUUAUAGGCAAGUUAAUUAGGAACUGUCUUACAUAACAAUAACAACAAACAAAAACGUUAUUGACAGCAAUGAAACCGAUAACACAUACACACUACCUACAUUUAGCAAAAGCUAUGGGAGGCAGGCAGUGUACAUGGACUGAUGCAUUUUUAAAUGUCUUAACUGUUAAAACAAGAAAAAUACAGAAAGGCCUAUGAACUUCAAUACUUUUUCUUAAACCGAGGUCGGAAUAAUAAGGUGAUAAGCUUUGAAUAAGGCUUUAACUAUGCACUUUUGUGUAAUAAUGGUUUUCAGGAUUAUAAAUUCGAAAAUCCAUUUUACGAGCCUCCUAGUGUCCUCGCGUCUGCUAGACAUGACAACGACACCAGUGCUCUGUGGAUGAAGGCUGAUGGUCGUUUUAGCAACGCUUUAAAUGUUUGGAUCGAGGUAAGUAAUUUUCUAGACCAUAUACAUCCAUUUAUAUUUCCUCAUUUAUUGAAACUGAUUUUAGGGUGCUGUUUUCAAUUGCUUCCACACUCCAAGUAACUGAGUAAAAAUAAAUUAAGCGCUCGAAAUGGCUGCACCGCUUUUAUAUUUGACUUGUGUCAAAUUCCUCAGUCAUUACUGUCGUUUCAACCACGGUUUUGUACCAAGCAAUUUUUCAAUAUUUUUUAUUUAAUUUUAAAUGUGGGCUGGAAAAAAACUGGCGAAUAAAAGAACCUCAUUCAAUUUCAGUAAAAUUGAGUCAGUCGAAAAAAUUGAUUUAGAUAAUUCUAAAAAUUUAUUUUCUGCACACACUUUUCUUGCGUUUGGAUUUCUCACCCCACAAAAGACAUACCCCCUCUUUACAAAUCUAGGAACUACGAACCUACUUAAGACGCAGAAAGCUCCACUUUUUUUCUCAUUUUACUUGGAUAGACUAGGGAAAUUCUGAACUGCCAGGUACUUAAUUAUAAAUUUAAUAUUUAGUUCAUUGUUUAGGAAUUCUAUAAAUUUUUUGUAACUUAGUUUGACCGGAGUAGUAAAUUGAUCGAACUGAACAGGAUUUCUUGCUAAAUUUGUAGCAGUAAUACCUGAAUGAAUUUGUUGUCUUCUAGGAAAUCACUCGUUUGUCUUUUAAAUUGUGCAUCAAGGACAGCCAGGGAAUAAGCAAGUCGCACGAUCCAGUUACAGUGGACUAUGCAGUUGUGGGAGGUAAUUUGUUGUUUUCAUUGCAUCCAAAAGAAGAAACUUUAGUUAAGAUAUAAACAGUUUUAAAAUCGAAAAAAGAAAAGAAAAACAAAAAAGGACAAGUUUUUUCAGUUGGACAUAUACACAUGUAGUGAGGCCUUACAAAAUGUAUUGUCUUUUAUAAUUCUUCUGACUUAGGUCUAGCCCCGCAUGCCGAAUGGGGUAAUAGGUUUCCGAAAAAUGUAUUAUUUUAAGCACUUCAUGCUUCAGGAAGAUUUCCGAUAGGAGUUGAGGAAAAAAAUUGGUCAAAUUCCUGUCGUAAGAAGUGAUUUUGUAUUUUGUCUCAAAGAUAUUGACCCGUGCACAAAUGUUACUUGCGAUUACCAUGCCAUCUGCAAAGCUUUCUCUGCAUUUGAUGCCCGCUGUGUUUGUGAUGACAACUGCCCGUCAUAUGAGGAGCCAGUGUGUUCAUCCAACUCGACAACAUUCAAGAACAGGUGCUUUUGUCUGCUGGACAUUUGCCAACGCAAAAGCAACCACACGCUUUAUCAUCCUGGCAGCUGUACAGGUAGAAUUCUUAGGCUUUUUUACAUUACUUCUUUUUUGCCUACUACAAAGCAUGAGAGGAUCCACUAGGCCUGGGUCAGGAUUAAGUAUUGCUUUUGUUUCCGCCUUCUCAACGCAUGUCCCUCUUACUCCCUCCACACACAUACUCCCCAUCACCAUAGAUGAGUUGAUAGAGAAAUCCAUACCGGCCCUCUCUUUGUUAAUCUAAUUUGCUGGAUGGGAACUACCUGGAUGUGGAAUAGAAUAGAAUAGAAUAAAAUAGAAUAGAAUAAUUCUUUAUUUGAACACGAUAAAAUUCAUCAGGAGUAUAAAAAAUUUUAAAUAAACCUAUAACUACCCUAAACAAUAUGCAAAACUAUCUACAACUAACCUAACCAAGUCCUGUUUGUUAUGACUUGUCGUGUACACAGUACUUAAAAAAUCAGAAAUUCAGAUGAGCCAAUCCUAUAAAUUGACUUAAAGAUUUAGCCUCUCUCAUAUCACAGGGCAGGCUGUUCCAGAGAAUUGCUCCGCUGUGACUGAAACUGUUCAUUAUGAAGUUAGUUCGCUGGAACGGGACAAAUAGUAAACAGAGUCCCUUAAGGAAUAGUACGUUUCAUAUCGUUUAACACAUUUAGAGGAUAAAUAUCGUGGAACAAGAUCAUUUAAAGUCUUGUACACCAUUAGGGCUUUUUGUAUUUGAAACUGAGUGCUCAAGUCUUUCCACUCGUACUCUUAGUUCUCUCAAUCAGUUUAAAUCUCACGUACUCCAACGCUAUUCGGCUACUUUUCGUACAAACUCUGACGUCACUAACUUCAACACCUGGUAGUCGAUCUGCUGCAAAUGCAGUAGGUCACGUAAUCUUCCAUUAGCUGGUAACUGCUGCUACUAAGACUUUUUAUCGGCUGCGGGAGGGAUUCAUUCUUAUCGUUUUUACAAAUGGCAUUUUUAUAGUUUUUACAAUGUUUAAUGUUUACAUAGUUAGUAUUUGUGUAUUUUCCGUACGGGCACACUUAAUUUGGAGCCUCGCUUUGUUGUGUGUCCCGCACCUUCGUCCCCCGUUUUUGUGUCUUGUUCAAAUGUAUUUUUUUCCUUAGUCUUUUUUAGCAUUGUAAUCAUGGUGAAAGCGAUUAAAUAAAUAAUAAAUUAAUUAAUUAACUUGUCUAAAUAAGCGGUUGACAUCAGCAGCAUAUCUAGGAAAGGUUAGAACACGAGCAGCUCGGUUCUAAAGCUUCUGUAACCUGUCAAACAACGUUUUUCCACAAUUAUCCCAGGCAAUAUUACAAUAAUCGAAUUGAGAUUGAAUGAGAGCGUUGUAUACACAGUGGAGAGCAGGCAAUGGAUUAACACCUCUAUUGCUUUUAAUUGCUCCUAUCCCGGAAGCGAUCUUUUUAGAUAAUUUAUCGAAGUGCGUUUGCCACCGUAGAUUUUCAUCAAUAUAUAUUCCAAGUGAUUUUACAGAGGUAUAUUUUACUAUCGGAACAUUAUCAGUCGAGAGCUCGGGUUGGCUCGACAAAGUACUCAAUUUUUGUGUUGAUCCAAUUAGCAUAAGUUCAGUUGUAGCAGUGUUCGAUGUAAGUUUGAUAGAAUAAGCCAUUUGUUUAGGUUAGCUAAAUGGUGAUCCAAAUUUAACUGUAUUGAAUUCACAUCAACAUCUGCGUAAGUGAUGUGUGUGUCAUCAGCAUACAUCCUAGGCUGGCAUGAAGGCAGUUUGGCAAAUCGUUGAUGUAAAUAUGAAAUAAAAGGAGACCAAGGAUUGUUCCCUGUGGUACCCCGCAUUUAGGUGAACAGAUUCUAGAAAGGGAACCAUUAACGAGACAUCGUUGUGUACGACUUGUCAAGAACAAUUCCUUGUAUUCCAUAAAGGUUCAUUUUAGAUAAAAGGAUAUCAUGAUCAACAGUGUCAAAUGCCUUUUUUAAAUCAAGAAAAGCCACAGCAUUAACAUCACCACUAUCGAUAUUGAAGGCCUAGUUAUCAGUAGCUUCAUUGGCAAGGUGGAGCCCAAUUAUUGAAAAAUGGUCAUUAAAAACAUGAGAAAGCUCACUAGAAUUAGAAAUAAUGGAACCAUUUAACUUCAAUUCUUCCACUGUUGUAUUGUUGGUGCGACGGGGAGUAAGUUCGUUAAUGGUUUGCCACGUUUUUGGAGAAUUACCUUUAGAUUGACUAAAAGCAUUAGAAUAAUAAGAGGCUUUAGAAGUCUUGAUGUUAUUAUUUAUUGUAUGUAGUACUUUGCCCAGUCGCGUGGAUCAUUCGAUGCCAUAGCGAUCUUUUGGGAGCAUCACGAUCGCGCAUGCCUUUCUUUAAUUUUGAAUUGAUCCAGGGUACUUUUUUUAUUCUAGCGCGUCUACUUUGGAGUGGAGCGUGAAAGUUAACAACAUCGAAAAGAUUCGUUUUCCAGUCAGCCCACCAAAACAUUAGGAUCAUCAGAGCCGUUACAAGUCCAGCCCUGCUGGUCGAUAUCGUUACGAAAACGCUCUCGAUUAAGAUUCUUAAAAUUUCUGUAAGAAAUGGUUGAAUGCUCUUUCGAGGGAAAAGCAGGAGAUAAUUUCCUAUAAACGUAUAUAAGGCUGUGAUCGCUGAUGCCAAUAUGAGAGACUCCGGAACAGACUAUCCUGUCGACAUAGUUUGUAAAAAUUAAAUCAAUUAAAGUUGAUGAGGAUUCUCUUCUGCUAGUAGGUUCAGUUAUAAGUUGUUGAAGCCCAAAUAAAUCAGAAAUUUCAUAUAAGCGACGAGUAUUUGAAUCAUUAUUGUAAAGAGGCCAGGUUACAAUUUUAAUCACCUAAAAGAUAUAUUCAAGACCAAGGGAAUCUAAUUGUUCAAGAAAUGAUUCAUAAAAUAAACUAAAUCAAUCGAAGAGCAAGGAGGUCUAUACCAUGUAGCUAUCAGAAAUGGCUUUGAGUUAGGUUUACGAAUUUCAAUACAUAAAUUUUCAAGAUUAGGUACAUUUAGAUUAGAACAAACCACAGUUAAUCGAGGUUUUUAUAUAAAAGUCUACUCCUCCGCCUUGUGUGUUACUUUUAAAAAACUAUUAACCCUGGUCUUGAAGCAAAAACUAUUUCUUGUUUUUCUACUCUUCUGUUUUAACUCUUUGCAUUUGUAUGCAUCUCCGUUUAGGCUUUCCAGUUCAGACCGGGCGAGUUUCGCUUGUAAGGCAAGUAAAAUCAGCUGAGACAGCCUGUAAAGUGGUGAAAUUUCGGCCGUUCUCCUUCUAUCCUGACAAAGAAGUACACGUGCAAAUAACGACUAAUCACUGGAACAUAAGUAGGAAAAAUUUUGUACAUGAUGCGACGGUUUCAUGGGUGCACACCGUUAACUACGAAAAUUUUGAGGUGAAUAUUAUUGAAAACAAUUUUUCAGUUUAUCGUAAAGGACAGUGGUCUAUCAAGGAGUAAUAGUUUGUAACUCGAUAGGAUUUCAACAUUUCCAUACUCGUCUAAAACCAUGUGUCGAAAGAUUGGAUGUUAACUCUAGGAAUAGAAUUGAGUGCAAUUAACAGCUACACCUUUUAAUUUUUAUUAUUAUUAUUAUUUUUUUGUCAGUAUUAUUAUUUCUCUUACCUUUUUUAUGAAUAUUUGUAAAAAACAAUCUUUAACUGUUCUUUAAUUCCUGACCUGCUUGAGGGGCCCUUUUUUCAGGGACUCUGUUAUUUAUAUUUAUUUAUUAUUUAUUUAUUUAUUUAUAUUUAUUUAUUUAUUUAUUUAUUUAUUUUUACAUCUAUAGGAGUAUAUGUUAUUCAUAUGCUUUCACUUGGUAUUAAGGUGCCGCAUUUUUAUUAUGUAAUGUUUCUUCCGUUGAUUUAUAUAUUCAGAGGCCCUGAAACUGUUGCGCCUCGUCAAUUUCUUAAUUUCAUAACAAUUUCUUAGUUCCACUUUUACUCUUUAAAUUUUGCUUCAUGUGUCCUUUUUUCACAAUAUUAUGUAACAUACUUACAUAACUCGUUAUCAGAAUUUUUCAUCUCAUGUGUAUAUAAAUUAUAAUUUAUAUAACCCGUAGCUUGUACAAAGGUUAUCCAGAUUUUGAUUGUGAUUUUAAGUAAAAAGUACACUGAGGAAGCCCGAAGGGCUUAACAUUUGUAUUCUCAGCUCACCAGAAAAAAAAAUGCACAUACGAUAUAAAAUAGAAAUUUACCUAAUAACUUUUGAAUAUUAUCUUUAGGUCUGCGUGACAGCAGCAGGAAGAAAUGACCGCUCUACUAAGGAGUUUGCCACUGUGGACUGGAUGGCUUACCAAGGGGCACCUGAUGGUGGUGUGGCGGGAAAAUCACACAUUUCACAGUGGUGGACUGGAUCACAGUGUAAAGAAGUUAUCCUUCCCCAGGCAAUCAUCUAUUUUAUUUCCAUUUUCUGGAAGUGCACUAGCCUGAGAAAACAUCCGACAUUUGGCGACGCUACCACUGGUUUCUCCGCCAAAUGACGUCUGAGAAACGAGCGCAGAAAUCCCAUACUGAUGACGCGUCACUACCCAGAUCUGGAUAUUGACGCGUCAUCAGUAUGGAAUUUCUGCGCUCGUUUCUCCGACAUCAUUUGGUGGGGAAACCAGUGGCAGCGUCGCUAAAUGUUGGCUGUUUUCUCAGGCUAGAAGUACACUUAAGGCAAUUGUUUUGAGACCUAGAGGUGGCGAGAGUCCAUGUCACCCUCCCAUUGUCAAUAUCUUUGAUUACGAAUCUUACAGUGUUGGUAUCAAGUCUCGCAAUUUCAAUGCAGCAGUAAGAAAUUACGUCAUUGUUUCACUGGCUGCCAUACUGGAUUUUCAUUGUGUUAGGAACGGAUUUUCAUUGUGUUGGGACGAAAUCAAGAUAUUCAGAUAAUUUGAAUGUUGAAAAUCAUAAAAUUUAUUUUAUGCAUUACAUAAGUAAUAACUGAUUUAGUAAAAAUCCGAGAUAUCCUAUCAAUGUCGACCACUUUCAAAUGCCCUGUUCCCCAAUCUGCAAAUAUUUAAUAUUCCACCUUUCGAUCUAAAACGGGUUUGAGGGAUGGGGGGGGGGGGGGGUCAUUUAAUAUUUUGGGGCAAAGGGAGAAAAAGUAAGGUUAUAAGAUGUUUAAAAAAUGAGGUUUGAAGUGAAUAAUUAAUAGAAAAAUACUGCCCACUAGCAGGCUAGAUCCGUCAAGACUGAGAAAAAAUUCACUCAUGCUCUAAAUUUUAUAAACAUGGCAAACGUUUGUCUUCGAAUUCUGCCAAGGUGUGUAUAAAGUAUAAACGAACAGCAACUGAGCAGAAAAUAUUCAAGCAAACGAUGAAAUAAAACGGACAAAACCGUGUACAACUUAAGGCGGUUAGACACUUAACCACCAUAUCAAAAAGCCAUGCUUUGAUCGAAAAAAGUUGUGUACUGCGACUACAUGCGGAUCAUAUUUCAUUUUUAUCCUAAGCUCUGUAUUUUUGCGAUGUUCUUAAAAAAUUACUAAAUGGAAAUAUUAAUUAGUCUGUUUAUUAAUCUGGAGGUACAACUCACAUUUCUUGAUUGUCAUCAAUGAUUGCUUCACAGGGAAAGUUUGCUGCUGCACCAACAGUCCUGGUUACAGCACAGCAUAUUAGUGCAGCCUUUAAGCACGAUGCCGCAAGUUUGUGGGUAGAGAACGCAACCAGUUCCUCCUUUUACAUUUGUCUUCGAGAACUACAGAAUUAUGAUGGUCUACAUGAAGAUAUCUUUGUGGUAAUUUUACUAUCUUAAUUUUUCUAAGAGAAACACAUUCUAAACACUAAAGAAAAAAGCACAGAAAGCAAGGUUUAAAUGAAAAUUGUGCGAAAGAGAAGACGUGCAAAAAGAUGAUAUAAAAGCGCCAACUCUUGUAUAACUAACAGCCAUUAAACAGUACCCACUAUUCAGAACCUUUGAUGAUUUUAGCCAUGCCUUAAGCGUGGUUAUACCCUUAACCCUUUAGUGAGACCAUCCAGUAGCGAAAAACACGCAUUUGUUUGUUUGUUUGUUUGUUUUUUAACAAAUCUUCCUUUUUGGACCUGUUUUUGGCCAAUUAGCAUGGGAAUGGCUGAUUACGAGGUUCAUGUGUGCAACUCUGUCAGGAUUUGCAACACUAAGGGCAUGUUUCGUUUCUAAUUGUAUGAUGUAAUGGAAUCUAUUUCGAUAUUUUUGUUGCUCUCUUUUCCCCCUUUACUUGUCUUUUCACUAACCGGCGGUUUUUUUCGUCCCUCUUUCGCGUUGAAUUUUGGAAGACCAAACUUUCCAGAAAUGGCAAAAUUUCUAAUGUGCAAAGGAGAGAAGGCCAAUAGCACAAUUUGCUGUGGAUUCUCUCCCAAAAUGUUGCUUGGUUUUAUUUUGUGUGUAACUCUUUCAGGAUUGGUCCAACUUUGAAAAAUAAGGUACCUCUGAAAAGAUCUAUCCUUACUAAUUCUGUUGCUAACCAUCUUAAUAGCUUAAACAGCAAACUAUAUGGGUCCAGGAAGGAAAACAUGCAUAGUUUCAAUCAUAUGGCACCGAAACAACCAAAGCGAUCGCUAAAGGGUUCUAGUCAGUUCGCGAACGAUCGUAUUUAAUCUGUCACUUGUCUUAAUCUGUUUCCCAAUGCCUGUUUUUAAAGGGUUAUCUUAUAAGGAUUUACCUGUUCGCAAACGGUUGUAUUUAAUCUUUCAGUUUUAUUAAUUUUAUUUCCGAACGCUUAUUUUUGAAGAAUUAACGAGAAUGCUUCUACCAGAAUGAGAUAAGAACAGCAUUUGGAAACCCACUGUUGACUGCUGUUACUUUUUUUCAGAAUUGGAUGGUCUUUGAAACAAUCCACCGGCCCCUUUUUGCCGAGAGCAAACAAGUGAAUUUUCCAAACAGCAGCCCUGUUUCUGCAAACUACAACGGUGCGUUUUGUAAGGUAGGGAUCGAGCAUUUCUGAUAAGCGAAAGCGAGAUCAUUCUGUAACAGUUUACCUUGUGCAGAGCAUAUUUAGGAGCUGAUUAGUUCGAAAUGUUUUGUUGUUGUUGUUGUUGUUGCUGUUGCUUUUUUGCGCUUUUUUUACGUUUUCGACCAUAAUCCGUUGGAACGUUUUGUGUUCUUUGGGAAUUUUACAGACAUGUAAGCCAUGAAACCGAGCAUCUUUAAGUUUACCUUGUUUCACGUGCUAUGUUGUACAGCGAUGUUUUCAGUUCAGAGAAAAUGUUGUACCGGAGCUAGGCUCCGCCGCUGUUGUUCCCUCGAACACCCCAGUCGCACAAAUGAGCCUUCUUGCCGGCUACACUCCGCUAAGAACACUAUGGGUAGUUUUCGACACCUAUCACUUGGUAUCAAAGGAGAAAUGGUAAGGGUAACUUGCGGACUGACUGCGGACAAUUGUUUUUAGGGUAAGAAUUGGUAAGACAACGAUUAGACUAUUGUUGUCACCUUCUCAUUUGCAUGGUGAAAACAAUAUUCUGCAGUCUGCGUUUUACACUGGCCUUAUUUCAAUAUAAUUUUUGGCACAAUAUUAACAGCCAAAGUUUUCUAUCCUCAGGAUUUGCAAUUUGCAAGGAAUUACGACAAGGAGCCCAUAGUAAUAAUAGCAGCCAGUCACAACUCAGAAGGCAACAAUCUUAAACCGAUACAUAUGUCUGUUACUGCAUGGAUUGAGGUAUUGAAGGAUGCAGUUGUUGUAUGACGUAAUAAUUGGUUCGGAAUUUAAAAAAGGGAAGACUGAAAAUAUCUCUUAGAAGUUGCCAUUUGAAGCAAUCUACGUGUGCCAACAUACUCCAAUGCUCAUUCCGUCGAACGUUCAGUUUAUCAACCACCGUUAUUCAAAUCUUAAUUCCCUAUUUUGCGUCUGAAGUUAGUUUCUCCUGCUGCUUGCAAAUGUCAAGAAUUUUAGUAACCUUGUGUAAAAAGGAAAGCAACCUAAUGACAGGCACGCGAAAGGACUAAAAAAAUUCUUGCUCAGUUGUUACGAAACUUGAAUUGUUUGUAGAUAAAUUUAUGAAAGGUCCUCAGAUUUGUUUUGUUUGUUUGUUUUUGUAUGCUGCUGUUGUUGUUGUUUUUUGUUUUCGUUUAGCAGGCUCAAAUCAAAGUUAUAAAAUAGUCAGAGUUAGCGCAGGAACUCUCUCCAUAACAUAGGUUACAAAGACUCCAUAUGCCCUCCUCAAAGACAAAACACUAAUGUUUUGUUUAUUACAUACUAAUUACAGUACAAUCAAAUAUCGAUACCUUUUGUUCUGAAGAAGAGUUUAGCGUUUGAAGCGAAAUGAACAAGUUAUAAGUAGAGGGUCUCAAUGGAGUGGUAGCUUUGACGUGGACGGUUGUUUUUUUUAAUUUUGACGGUUGACGGCUAAAUUUUAGGGCUUUUGACGGUUGACGGUUAUUUAGGAAAAAUUUAGUCCAAAAAUAAAGUAAAUAUUAACUUUUGUAUAACGAUAAUAUUAACUGUUGUGUUUUGGAAGUUGCCUUGGCCUUUCACAUAUAAAAUUUUGAAAUAUUUUAUGACAUAUGAAAGUGGUGGGAUAUUGUAAUGUUUAGAAAGAGUGUUUUUGAGAACUUGACCCGUGGUGUUUCCAAUUUAGAGUUUCUUCAUCAGCCAAAAGUCCGUGAAGAUCAGCUGAAAUAAUGAGAUUUGAGAUACCUUGAAACGUUUUCACGGUUAAUAUCACUCCGAAUUUUUUACGGUUGACUGUAAAAAUAACCUUUUCUGCCGACGGUUGAUGGUUAAAUUUUAGGCCGUUUGACGGCUGACAGUUAACCCCAUUGAGACCGUCUGAGACCGUCUGAAUAGGAUAUUAUCAUUUUCACAGCACAUUAAAACUGGCGAAUUCCGCAUUUGUCUCAAGGAGUUGUACGCUGACCAACACGAUCCUGUGAAUGUGUCCUACGCAGUACUAGCAGGUAGGUUAGACAGCAAAAAAGAAAAAAAGACUUUCUUUGCAAUUGCAGUAACCAGGGACACGCGAAUUAACUAAAUUAUAUUAUUGUUUUGUAUUUGCUGGGGUUUGGGGGAACCUAGGGUGGAUUUGUACUGUCUGGUAAUACAGGCAAAGUAUGAAAGGUCGCGCUUAAACGUAAAAAGUUGAACAUCGCUCAACUUUUACGUUUACCCCCCAACACUUUAUACAUUGCCCUUUAUUUAAGCACAUAAAAUUUACGUACGUCCGCAAGUAAAAAUCACGUGACAGUGGAAAUCCACCUUAAGCGUGAAGGUUACCAUACGUCUAUGUAGUUUCCACAUUUUCUCCAGUUUUUAUAGGGUCAACUUAUUCACAUAAGUUUUGUACUAUGCAUUAAAAUAUGUACUGAACCUCGUUUACAUUUCAUUGCUUGGCUCCUGCAGAUGUUUGUAAACCCGGCUGGUCAUAUUUUGGUGGUAUUUGCUACUCAACCAGUCAAAGCUGUAUGAACUGGACCAAGGCCCAGAAAACGUGCCAAUCAUACAGCGCUAAUCUCAUCAGUGUACGAAACCAAGAAGAGAACGUCUACAUUCAGCAUAGGCUGAAUGGUGCCAGGGGCUGGAUUGGACUAAGCGAUAGGGACACGGAGGGAACUUUUGUCUGGGCAGAUAAUCAAACAAACAAUUUCACUUACUGGGCUAAGAAUCAACCCAACAACUUCAACAAUGAAGACUGCGUUCACACCCUGGGAGUAAAACAUAGUUUUAAGUGGAAUGACGUGGGCUGCGGUAGCUGCCAUAACUACACUUGUUCAGAAGGUAUGUAGAAGCCUUAGCAAUGUUCCUGCAAGGUCGUUUGCUUUCCUUCCCCAUUCGUCUGUUUAUUAUUCAAAAGCUAUUGGUUUCCUUUUCGUUAUUUGAGGCUACGUAUGUCCUGUUCGUGUCCAAGUAUAAACACGUUUAAAAGAUUUUUAUUGAUACACUGCUUAGAAUAGUCUCUUCAUUGUCGUUUUCCUUUUAUCAUUCGUUUAUUUACCUAACAAAAGUUACGGUUACAAAAGUCAAACUUAAAGAAAGGUACAAAUAUCACAACUGGAUCAAAAUAUAAGAAAAAGGAGCAGAGUAGACCCAUUUAUAGACUGAUUUUUUAAGUAAAUCGAAUUCUUUCUAACUCAUUGAAGAGUUGGGUUCUUCGUAAUCGUACCUCGAACUGAUCUUAACCUUAAACUCAUCAAAAGAUAAUUCAUCUGGUGCUAACCACACCCCGGUUGUUCAAAGCUGGAUAGCGCUAUCCAGCGGAUAAAUCACUAUCCAGUGGAUAAGUAUUUGGGAAACCAAUUGCGUUAUCCACUGGAUAGAGAUUAAUCUAUCGGAUAGCGAUAUCCACCUUUUGAACAAUUUAGGCCAGAAGCAUAAAUGCUUUUGGUGCUAACUUAUUCGUUCUUGUCAUCCCUACCAUCACACCAAAAAAUAGUUCACGAAAUAAAUUCGAUAUUUUAUGAUUUCCCCUGGGAUAGCAAAGGCGACAAAAAUAAACGAACAGAAAUCAUUAAUGACUACGAUAAGAGCGGACUAAAGAUGAUUGACAUAAAAAGUUUUAAAGCAUCAUUGAAAAUGAAAUGGGUUCAAAGCUACCUAUACACAGAGAACAAAGGUAAAUGGAAAUUUUUUUUUUGAUUCCUACUUGGAGAAAUACGGCAGGAAAUUGGUGUUCUUGUGCAAUUUAAGACAAAAAGAUGCAUCACAGCUGAAAAUAAAAGACCGUUUUUUCAAAGAAAUUGUAGAAUACUGGUCCAACUCAAAUUAUAGUUACAGUUUUCCAGUCAACAUAUGCAUGUAUCUUGCAUAACUCACUGAUUACGAUCGAGAAGAAACCUUUUUGUAACAAAUCAUGGUUUAAAACAGGUGUGGAGAAUGUCAAAGACGACCUUGAUGAGGCUUCCAGAUUUAUUAGCUUUGAUGAUUUCGUAAGGAAAUUUAAAGUUAAAACCAGCUAUUUUGAGUACUAUAAAGUUGUAUCUACUCUAACAAGGUAUACAAAAAUUAUGUUCACCCGUCAACGGGAACGACCAAACCAAAGAUGCGACUGAAAGUGUCCUAUCUCACACAAAAUUCAGUAAAAAAAGCUAACUUCGUGACAGACAAGCCACGCGCGUAAGCGCCAAAAGCGCCACGUAAGCGCCAAAAGCCAUGCAAGAGAGAAACCUAUGCUCGCAGGGUAUCCCUUUCCCUUUCAGGCUGGCGGUCAUUUCAUGUUGAUCUUUUUUUUUUAGUCUCUAUUUUUUCAGUUGAAGCGAAUCUAAUGAAAGGUCUAGUGAAAGCUGGAAAGAGUGUACUAUGUUGGAAAUUAACCCCGUUGGUGCGUUCCGUGUGCGUUCCCUUUAUUAAUAGGCAUAUGGGUCGAGUCUAUGACGUCACCCACUGUUAUAACCUAGGGAAAAAAUGCUUUCCUUCAUUUUAAUUAAGUGUCUAGUCAGUGCCUAGUCUAUGACGUCACUCAUUGUUAUAACCUAGGGAAAAAAAAGGGGGCCCCGUCACUGCCUUCCUCCAUAUUAAUUAUGUGCCUAGUCAGUGUCUAGCUAGCUGGGUAAAAAUGCCUUCCUGCAUAUUAAUUCGGUAUAGGUUUACUAAUAAGCGUCACUCUACAACAAUAGGAACAAUAGGAUUGCCUAGACUAACCCGUGAAGUAACUUGAGCCCGGUUUUCGGACCGUCUAUUAAAAGAAAAAUAGGGAUAAGAGAAGCCAUCACCUAGCAACGCGAGAAACGGCUUCCUAUAUCUUAUUUAGCGCUAAAACUCAGAUAUAUAAGCAAAACACAUACAGAACGUGGAGUUGAAAAGUCUUCAUUUCAAUAAAGUUUACGUCUUCUUAUUUAGCGCUAAAACUCGGAUACAUAAACAAAACACACGCACAUGUACACAAAUUGUGGCUGAAAACUCUCUAUUUCAAUUUUGUCUGACUAUUACAGAACUGUUUUCUCCGUUUUAUCUCGAGGAAUUCGAAAUGAAAAACUAUUGAAGUCUCAACGUUUCACGCGCCGUUAGUUAGGUAAUUAUGCGAGUUCACAAGCCCAAAGUUGAAUACAAAUUAGCUCUACAAGAAAAACCUCAAGGGAGCAUUUUGACGUAUUAUUAUGAAACAAAUAACUUAACGAGGAUCAAUUGGUUAAACACGCGUCUAAUAAUUGCUAGCAAUAAAAUCAGACACGAGAUACCGUUUAAAACAAAAAGAGUCAAAUACACAGCGAUUUGAAAGAAAGCCAUUAAAAUAGUCAAAGAAAGCAAACCAUCCUUUUAUUUUUUUACACUCCGCACAAUGUUUUAUCUACCCCUCUCCCUUUUCAAUGUUAUUUCCCUCCUCUUUUUUUUCUUUUUCCCUUCUCCACAAUUUUAUUUUCCCUCCUCAAUGUUUUUAUUCCCUCCUCCACAAUUUUUUUAUUAUUUUCCCUCGUCAAUGAUUUUAAUUCCCCUCCUCCACCUCCACCUCCUCAUUUAUUCUAUAUAUUUUUCCAUCCACAAAUAGGUUUUCCCUCCACCACCACCACCACCGCCGCCACAUUUCUAUUGUUUUCUCUCCACCACCACCACCGCCACAUUUCUAUUGUUUUCCCUCCACCACCACCACCGCCACAUUUCUAUUGUUUUCCCUCCUCCUCCUCCUACUCCUCCACCCCCUCCUCAUUUCUAUUGUUUUCCCUCCAAGUUUGGCCUUUUAGGCCUUUUAGGCCUGAUUUUGGCCUCUUUGGCCUUUUGAGGGAAAACAAUAGAAAUGUGGCGGUGGUGGUGGUGGAGAGAAAACAAUAGAAAUGUGGCGAUGGUGGUGGUGGAGAGAAAACAAUAGAAAUGUGGCGGUGGUGGUGGUGGUGGAGAGAAAACAAUAGAAAUGUGGCGGCGGUGGUGGUGGUGGAGGGAAAAGGUAUUUGUGGAUGGAAAAAUAUAUAGAAUAAGUGAGGAGGUGGGGGAGGGGAAUUAAAAACAUUGAGGAGGGAAAAUAAUAAAAAAAAUUGUGGAGGAGGAAAUAAAAACAUUGAGGAGGGAAAAUAAUAAAAUUGUGGAGAGGGGAAAAAGAAAAAAUUGAGGAGGGAAAUAAAAUUGAAAAGGGAGAGGGGUAGGUAAAACAUUGUGCGGAGUGUAAAAAAAGAAAAGGAUGUGUUUGCUUUCUUUGACUAUUUUAACGGAUUUCUUUCCAAUCGCUGUAUGUUUGACUCUUUUUGUUUUAAACGGUAUCUCGUGUCUGAUUUUAUUGCCAGCAAUUAUUAGUCGCGUGUUUAAUCAAUUGAUCCUUGUUAAGUUAUUUGUUUUAUAAUAAUACGUCAAAAUGCUCCCUUGAGGUUUUUCUUGUAGAGCUAAUUUGUGUUCAACUUGGGGCUUGUGAACCCGCAUAAUUACCUAACUAACGGCGUGUGAAACGUUGAGACUUCAAUAGUUUUUCAUUUCCUCGAGAUAAAACGGAGAAAACAGUUCUGUAAUAGUCCGACAAAAUUGAAAUAGAGAGUUUUCAGCCCCACUUUGUGUAUAUGUGCGUGUGUUUUGUUUAUGUGUCCGAGUUUUAGCGCUAAAUAAGAAGACGUAAACUUUAUUGAAAUAAAGACUUUUCAACUCCACUUUCUGUAUGUGUUUUGCUUAUAUAUCUGCGUUUUGGCGCUAAAUAAGAUAUAGGAAGCCGUUUCUCGCGUUGCUACAGGUGAUCGCUUCUCUUAUUCUUAUUUUCCUUUUAAUAGACGGUCCGAAAACCGGGCUCAAGUUACUUCACGGGCAACUCUAGGCAAUCCUAUUGUUCCUAUUGUAGUAGAGUGACGCUUAUUAGUAAACCUAUACUGAAUUAAUAUGCAGGAAGGCAUUUUUACCCAGCUAUGGAGAAAGGCAGUGACUAGGCACUUAAUUAGUAUGGAGGAAGGCACUUUUUUUUCCCCUAGGUUAUAACAAUGGGUGACGUCAUAGACUAGGCACUGACUAGGCACCUAAUUAAUAUGAAGGAACGCAUUUUUCUCCCUAGGUUAUAACAAUGGGUGACGUCAUAGACUCGACCCAUAUGCCUAUUAAUAAAGGGAACGCACACGGAACGCAAAGGGAACGCACCAACGGGGUUAAUUUCCAACAUAGUAUACUACUCAUGCAUCAUCGAGGAGAUCCUUAGCAAUCGCAGAAACAAUGUGCAUGUAAUAUAAGAAAUUACCCGUUAGUUGAAAUUUCCUUUGAAGUAAGAAAGUACCUUAAGCAUCAUCUCCUUAAGAGAUCCUCAAUAAGAAAGAUAUUUUUAUUCAACCAGCUCCUUUAAAAAAUUGGUCGACCGCCAAUUAAAAUAUCUUUAUUGUUGAAUAGUACAAACCAGCAAAAUUGCGUGUUAUAAGAAGUUUUAAUUUCUACGAAAUGUAGUAAAACAAACUUAUAGAGGUAAGGGAGACAAAUCUUGUCAAUAAAAUACUUAUCAUAAUUACAACAUAGCAGGAAGUCCAAGCCACCAUAUUUACCGUGGAAGUAGUAGGGAAUGACCUUCCAUGAUUCGUCAUGCUCUGGUCAUAGUACUUUGUAAAAACCUGGAUACCCAACAACAACAACAACAAUGUAUUUAAUAUUAACAAAACGAUAAAAUUUUAUAAUACUGUGUGUUUUUUGUUUUUUUUUUUCUGAGAAAGUUCUAGCGUGCCUUUUUGUCACAUUAGAUCUAGAUGAAUGCCGAGGAAACAAUAACCAUUGUCACCAGAAUGCCGUCUGUACAAAUACUCUUGGCUCCUAUAAAUGUCAGUGCGCUACAGGAUAUACCGGUGAUGGUUUUUCAUGUUCAGGUAAGAAAACCUGGCAUUUUUUACAUUUAUUCUCUUGCAAGGAGAAAACGCGUUCAUGAACUGUAUUUAGCCAGUCUAGCGCUUGAAAUGUCAUGUUCAUUGUCGGACGAAUUAUAGAGUUUACUUCUUGAUUCGAUUUAUACAAUCGGAACAAAAAUAUGGAAUGAAAUGCCUGUAACUUUAAGAAAUCUUACAAAAAAUGCCUUCAGUUUAAGAGGAAAGUUGAAUUUGUUUUCGUCUUAGUAACUUAUAUUGAUCUCCCAGAAAUCGUUCAAAAAGUUAAGUUGAAUUUAUUUUCCUUUUAAUAACUGGUGGUUGUAAAAAUGAUUAUCGAUAUCGUUGAGUGUAUCAGUAGUCUCUAGUUAUAACUGUGUUGUCAUUAUUAAUAUUGCAUUAGUUUAUCAGUAGUCUCUAGUCAUUAUGUCAACUCUAGCUUUUUUUAGCUCUCGUGUUACUUUUAGUUGUAUUUAUUUCCUGAAAAUAUGACCUACCUGCAAUCCUGGAUAAAAGUCCUUGGGACAAUACUGCAAUAUCCAUGUUUUUCUUUCAUUUCUCGGUUCCCUAUUAAACCGGUGUACUGUUGUAUUCACUUUACGGGAUGGUCUUUUUGAAGCAUAUUAUUUCAAAUGCAAUGAAUUUGUGGUUGAAAUAUACCUUAGACUUGUUUCUUUAGUUAAUUUGUAGCGAAUAUUGAUAAUACACUGUGUUUUUGCGAUCGAGUACUUUGCGCGAUACUCGAAACAACGUGCAUGACCAACUUCCGCUGUACUCGGCUCCAGUUUAGGGAAAUGGGCCCGAUAUAGCAAAUGAGGGAAUUGUCUCGUAAAAACAUGCCACGUUGCGAAAAUAAUUUCAGACGUCAUUAUUAUUGCAUGUGAUCACCUACUUAGCUAAAAGUACCAAAAUGCCUGACAAGCGUAGGAAAAAUGAAAAGACAGACUUUUUUCCCAAAACUAGGAUUCAUACAAUCCUGGACAAAAGUCUUUGGGACAGUACUGUAAUAUUCAUAUUUUUCUGUCAUUUCUCGGUUCCGUCUUAAAGCAGUUCUUCCUCCCCCCACCCCAUACAAAGUUGAAACUCGGAAAAAAUUCUGCAUACGCGCGUCCAACAUUGUUUGUGGGGUGAGGGAAGGGGUUGGACCUGUGUGAAUUGGAAACGCCCCAGAAAUGCAAGUGUCUCAAGACUUUUGUCCAUGAUUGUAGAUUAGCAUAGCUACCCGCGGGCAUGCACUUCAAUCUUAAAAUACAAAUAAAAUGUGUGUAUGUAUGUUUGUAGAUAUCGACGAGUGUUCUUCAGGUCACCAGUGUGACAGUAGUGCAACAUGUUAUAACACAGAUGGGUCUUACACUUGCACUUGUGACAGCGGCUACACAGGAGAUGGACGAACCUGUAAAGGUAAAAUAAGAUCUUGAUAAAAUUUAGGGGUUACAUAAUUGACCAUUAAAACUCGCUAACAUUCAAGAAAAUUUUUUACAGUUACUCAUUACAUCGAAUUCAACAAAAACAGGUAGAUUCGUUGCUAGCAAAGAAACAAAAGAUGGGGAUGCCAGGGUGACAAAGACUGCAGUUUAAGGUUUCGUUCAAAACCGAUGCUUCCGCGGUUUGCUUCCAGCGAUUUUUCUGUCUGGGAACUCAGUCGUUAAUAUUUUCUGUCUAGCAGGUGAUCUCUCAAAACCUCCUCAGCAGUCUGGGCCGUAUGAAGUCAUAUUAAAUCGAGUCGGUUUGCGCGUUGAUGUAACUUGACCUGAUGUUUAGUUAAUAGGGAAGGAGGGAGACUUUUAGGUCAAGUAAAAAAAAAAAAAAAAUAUAUAUAUAUAUAUAUAUAUAUAUAUAUAUAUAUAUAUAUAUAUAUAUAUAUAUAUAUAUAUAUAUAUAUAUAUAUAUAUAUAUAUAUAUAGAUCAGACUUAAAACCUAUGCAAGUCUUGUCUGGCAGUACAACCAGGAAUUAAUAUUCUUCCAAGAUACCUUUAGAAACUAACACAACAGUCAGCUGCUACAGUUUUUAAUUAUCAGCAAGAGUAAUCUCAAGUAUGGUAUAAGUUUGCCUUCCCGGGACAAAUAAUAUCAUUUAAUACCGGCUCUGAAAAAACUGCAGCAUCUUCUAGACUUUCAUGUAGGAUUGAACUGAAGAGACUGAAGAGAAGGGACAGCUCCAGAGUUCUGACAGAGAUGGUAGAAUCUAUCUUCUUACCCGUUUUCGUUCCCAAGUAAACUUAAAAAUUGGUCAAUUCACGUCCUAGUUAUGCAGGUACUUUAAAGAAAUGUACAAAAAAGCGUGAUGCACGUGCAGAAUUCUUGUUUUGCUCAUUGAACCUAUUGCUUUUCUGACGUUUCCGUUGCCGUCGCCGUCGUAGUUUCGUAAGGUCCCUAACAUCCCACGGGGUCGGCAGUCCAAAAACGCGCGAAUUAGGGAAACCGUAAGUAAAUUUCCACUUGCAUAGCAACGCGAUACCAUGAUGGGCUCUUAAGAGAUAUCAAGAGAAGUCACGCACAAGUAGCACGCGAAAGAAGACGAGAGAGCAAGUUGAGGGGAAAGAAAGGGAGAGCUCUUCUUCAACGCUCACUCGCGCGAUCACUUGCCACUCGAAAUGGAGAGGUUGCUCUCAGUCCAUAACAUUUCGUAGUGGUCGUGCGCGUUCGCUAUUUGGUGAGCCAGUUUAUGUUAGGAUCUAAAGGGGAAAAUUCGACCUAUUUACAUACACCGUAAUUUUUAGGGAGUUAUGAUAACUCCAAAAAUGGAGUAAAAAUUUUGCGUAUAGGAUAACCCCUUUUUUGGGGUUAUCUUAACUCCUAUUUUAAAUCCGAAUUUGGGGUCAUUUUUGCUCCUGAAAAAGAGUUCUUUUCACUCCCAGUCUGGAGUUGUUAAAAUAACUCCGAAAUGGGAUUACUCUUUUUGGAGUUAAUUUAACUCUUAAAGUGGAGUAAAAAUUUUAGGUACAGGAUAACUCCUUUUUGGGGGUUAUUUUAACUCCUCAAUAUCUGGAUCACUUUUACUCCUGAAAAAGAGUUCUUUAAACUCCUUUUUGGAGUUAAAAUAACUCCUCAAAAAAUAACGCCAUUGUAAGGAGUUAAAUUAGCCCCACUAGAGGAGUUAUUAUAACUCCUUGAAAAUUACUAUGUACCAAGUAACGUCCUCUAUGACUCCAAGUUUCCUUUUUCACCCAUCUCAACCAACCUUUAACAAUUAACACCACUACGGCACUCACACGUGCCUGACAUACAAAAACUGAAAAUCCUCACAUACGCGUGAUACAACGACGCCCAAGUGUUCGCUCGGAUAGUGUCUUGUUAUCAAGAUUAUUAUUUUAAAAACUUUCUUUUGUCAUUUUUCAGAUUUAGACGAAUGCUCACUCAACACUCAUGACUGUAAUGCGAAUGCUAUUUGCACCAAUACAGAAGGGUCAUUUACUUGCAAGUGCGAUGGAAAUUCGCAUUACUACGGCGACGGAAAAACAUGCACCCUUCACCGUAAGCUUUCCUUUUAAUUUUUUUUACUCCAUAUGGUUAAAAGAGCUUGCAUCUCACUUGAGUCCUUGAAAAAUCCUUGAACUUUGUCUUACAUCUUCAAAAAAGGCUUGUAAAUUUGAGAUAUUUAAUUCUCAUAUUUCGCGUCCAAUUUGCUUUGAUCAUCGAUACCUUAUCAAAAUUCAUAGGUACUGUACGACUACUUCAUUUGAAAAGCGGAUUUUGGCCCUGGUUCCUUGUAAAUUAAGGUGGGGUCAGGCAAGCAUAUGUCGCUGGCAGUUCAAGCCGUGAAAUUAAGUGCUUGUAAAAAUGUGCUUGUAAAAAUGACGUUGCCGAAGACCUUUAGCUUCAAUUUUGUUUUCCCUUUUUUCUGUAGUCUAUCUGUAUUUGUUUUACAUUUUUUUUCAGGCGGCCUUGAUGAUUCAGUCAUUUUAGCGAAUGACGUCGGCAAGAUAUCCCAGUUAAACACCUGGCUCCUUCCCCACCUGCAAAGUUCGGACAGAAGUUACUGGAAGUUGUGUUACAGAGCUACUAGUCACGGUUGGGGCUCGCGGACCUUUCACAGUUAUUGCGACAACAAGGGACCCACCGUUACAAUUGUUAGGGAUGGAAGUUACAUUUUCGGAGGCUACAACGACAACUCAUGGCAAGGUAAGUCUCUGAAAUAUGGUGAGCACGUCGCUAUGACCAUUUAUUUAGCUGGUUCAAAAUCAUGCAUUUAAACCUAAGGUGAAGGAUGAGGGUCCGUUGUACCACCAUCCUGUCUUCUGCAACAGUGCAUUUGUAAAGUAAUAGGUCCAUGAAAACCUGUUACUAUGAUCUCAUGUGAAUAGUAAAACACAAAACAUUUUUCUGUUAAUAUUAUUACGUCUUUUAAAGUGAACAAAAAGCAGUAAAAUGUAGCAUUUAUGGCCCCUUUUAAUUCACGGCAAAAUGGUAACCUUCCGUAGUUAUCGGACUACUCAAUAAUUUUAAGUUACUUAUUUUAUAAUUUCUCGCUUAAACAAAACAAGAUGAGAUUGAAGUAGUUUGCAGCAGCUACUCCAAUCUUGAACCAAGGCUUAAUUAAAAGUUUGCAUUGACGAAUAAUGUGCGAUCUGAUUUUGGGAGUGGGCACUUUGACGCGAGAGGCAUUCCCCAGGAUGAUAAGUGAGAUGGGGAGUUUUAACCAGAAGAGUCAAGUUUAACUUCUUUGUACGAUGCGGUGUCUGACAACGUGGUUCGAUAUAUAGAGAUGCGUUUUUUCUCGUAGUGAGAUGGAGGAGUUAAAGUACUGUUUACCGAUGAGGAGCGUAUUAUCAGGUUUAAAACUCAAGGUGAAGCCGAGAGUUUUUAAACCUGAUAAUACGCUCCUGCUCGUUUUUUGAACGGCUUCAAAAUCUCUGAUAUAGAUCAACUCAUUCUUGCACUUUAUAUCUAGAUUUGGGGUUAUUUUGGUCUAAAAAAUUGGACUUAAAGUUUAGCCGUGUCUUUAUCGGAUACAAAGACACUCAUUAAAUAUUAAAUUCUUUUGUUUUUUCUUUAUGAAUUAUUAAUGAGUUAUGAAUUAUUAAUGAGACGUAGCUUUGUAAGCAAAUGGCUUGUAUGAUAAGGACUUCAAAAGCAAUGCAACAUUUUUGAAGGGAAUUUAUGAAAACGAGAGUGUUUAAUUUUUGUAGUCCGGUUGCCAAUCAAUUUGGUGUGGAUUUUGUCAGUCAAGGUGGCUGUCAUAAUACACACAGGUAGCCCAAGCUCGAAAUCUAUAGUUUCUGUAUCCUGCGAAAAUGAAAGGGUUUCAAUAGCAGAACGGCUAACCCCACUUAAAAUGUGUGUUAGCUCUUUCCUGUGUGGUCCGCGAGCCGCGAGUGUUACCGCUUUUCUCUCCAUAUAUAGGGUGUUUCAAAAGUUCGUUCCGACUUUUUUUUAAAAUUUCACUGAUUAUUAAAAAUACGCUUUGUAAAACUAAGCAGUGUUAUUCAUUAUUCAUUUAACAUUGACUAACUAAAAUAUUAGUAAACAGAAUGUCUUCCUUUAUGUUUUCUGAGCGGUGAGGUAUAGAAUGUACGAGUUUCCAAAGCGUGUCUAAAUUCGUCCAGUGUUUUUGGGGCUGGAUCUUUGUAUGUUGUCUCAUCAACAAUAAUCCAGAAGGUCUCUAGAGUGUUCACAUCACGUGAGUUUGCCGGCCCGGUCGUCCUUUAGUACAAAGUUUGCAAAUUCUUUUGAUACCAUGCCUACAUGAAGUGUGCACCGCCUUUUUUCUCUUCAAGGCUUUCCAACCUUUUUUUUUUUUUUUUCAUUUUCCUGAAAGAGUAAAAAAAAUAAAAGAAAACGGCAAAAAUACGAAAGUAGAAAACCUACAAAAUGGGCAGGAAAAAUAUGGCGGCAAAAAAAACUCGUGUACGUGCACAUUUGGGGCAAAAAUGAAAAAAUAUUACAUUUUCUUCAAAUUUUAGUUUGAAAUUACUUUGAACGGUCAUUUAGAUAAAUUUUUUACCUGAAUCGGUUUACAUUUGCCUAAAGAAGCAUUAAAUGCUUUGCGCGAUUUACAAUCGGAACGAACUUUUGAAACACCCUGUACAGUAGAACGUCCGCUAGCGGCCGCCUCUCUACAACGGCCACUUUUUUUGCCCCAGCGGACAAAUAAUCCAUACAUCGAAUCCUGUUUAAAACCUCUCUACAACGGCCACCUCUUUUCAACGGCCACUUUCUUCUGUCCCCAAAGUGGCCAUUGUAGAGAGGUUUAACUGUAUACCGUAUUUUCGCGAAUAAUAGCCGGUGGCGAUUAUUUCAAAUAUUGCUCACUAGAAGUCGUGCCCUAAAUAUUUCGUUCUAUGUAAAUCAAUAAAUAAUCACAUCAAAUAAAAUGAACAUUGGCAUUUAAAGUGUUCCAAAUUUGGUUCCUUGAUUAAUUUUCACUGUCAAUGUCCUCGGCGUCAGAGCUUGAAUCGUCACUGAUCGGUUUUUCUGGAUCAUACAGACUCCACUUUAAUUUGCUUCAUCCUCUAAGGAGGCUAUUAUUUUAAACAUUUCCGUCAAAGGCAGGCGAUUAAUCGAGGGACGGCUAUUAUUUGAGAAAAUCCGGUAUCCUUUCCUUUUUAGAGAGAAAACCGGUUACAUUAAAACCCAUAAAAAUGGACAUAAAUCGGCUCGCGGAUCACACGGGAAAGACCUAACACACAUUUUAAGUAAGGUAAGCCGUUGUUUUUUUUUUUUCUUUUCUUUUCUUUUUUCAGUUGAAAUCCUCUCAUAUUGGUAGGUUACAGAAACGAUAGGUUUUUCUCCCCCUACAAAUCGUUAUAAUUCGAAUGUUACGCAACAAUGCCGAUGCUCAUAUUUCGAGCUUGGGCUACCUGUGAUAAUACCAGGUUUUUCAAAAUAGUCACCUGCAUUAAAUAGAGAAAGAAAUAGAUAAGAUGUAAGUGAGAAACAAGAUAUAUCAAACAAACGAAAGUCAUGCGGAGGUACCUUUCGCAGUCAAAUAGCCUCGUCAAGAAACGACCGGUCACUGCUUUUUUGUAAAACAAAGUAUAAAUCAUUGGAAAAUACAAACCAAAUUUACUUCCAGGCGGCCCGUGUAACAUUCAGAGAAACUUAAACGAGACAUGAUAAUAAAUGCAAAGUUUAUUUUGUCAAAUUUACAAUCUGCACAACAUUUCUUCUCUGUUAGGGGCAUUUGAUUGUCAAAUCCGGUAUUAUGGUAGUACAUUUGACCACCACAAUAACCUAUAACGUAACGGGAAUUAAAACAGGCCUGUCUUUCAAAGUUCAGAUAGCCAGUGGGUUGCCCGGGGUGGAUGUUGAUGUUUCGAAUUGAUCGUCGGCAUAAUUUGGAAGGUAAACCGUUACUAGGAAAAGAAAAUGAUUUUGCUUAUUAGAAAUUGACGUUUUGGUCGAAUCUUGACCAUUCAAACAGAAUAUCAAUUACAGAAUAUAAAAUUAAAUGUUUUUGUCAUGUUUCUGUUCUAAUAGGCAAUACCAGGGGCCCAUAACCCGGAGCGUUCAACUGCCAUAAAUUCGUGCAACGGCGUUUUUACAAGUGAGUUUAUUUUUAGAUAAGUUUUUCCCGCGAAAAAUAACUGUUCCACGAGGUCAAUUCCUGCAUUUGAUCGUCGUUUAGACUGUUAGUAGCUCGCUUGGACCUUUUCACAGUCGGCUAUUUCGAAGAUGAUUUCGAUUUAAUUCCCCUUGCGUGUAUUAUGCGUUGUCAUCGAUGAAGUAGACGUCCUGACUAGGUUUUGCAAAUCUUCUUUUGAACUGCUAGUUUCCGUGAAAAUACUGAAAUUGUCGUUUAAAGUACUGUCAGAAGACUCCUCUGAAGAUUCCUCACGUGUGUCCACUAUGUUUUUUUCAAUGUGAAGGAGUUGUCCUAGUUACGUAUUAAAAGUUUAUCAUUGGCGCAAUUGCUAGUGAUUGGCUUUUCGAAAGCAAUUCGCGGGAAAAGCUUAUCUAAAAAUAAACCUACUUGUGAAAACGCCGUUGCAUAGGCGCAGUAUGGAAGUUACACGUUCCGGGUUAUGGGCUCCUGGCAAUACUUCUUUACAUACACCAAUGAAAAUUCUUGGUUGAAUUCUUUUCAAUUACGAAAUUUCACCCUGUAUCUGAAUUUCUCAAUUAAUAAACAACAAACAAUUAACAACAACUUUAAAUUUGUUUAGACACAACUAUAGACCUGUGCUGCAGAUUCUGACUGCAAUAUAUGUCUCUCUUCAGGGUCUUCAGGGUUAUACCAAUACUCUACCAACACCUUCAUAUACUCCCUGAAAAACUAUUACGGAUAUGGUUACUUUAAAAAUGACGUGAUCACCUAUCAGUAUGCCACAUACAGCCACUAUAACUAUGGUCCAACCUUUGGAGGAGGUUUUGAUAUCCACAUUGCAGAUAAUGCAAGAUACAAUUCUAACUCUUACUUUAAUUGCCAUUCGUAUACUAGUCCCUAUUGUGAUAAUAAUAUCUGGACCGGAGGUAUGUACUUCAGCCCAGAGGAGGUGGAAGUUUACUACGAAAUGCUUGUUUAA